AUGACGUGUAGUAGUCGAGAGUUUGAUUACUUUAAGAUUCCAUGCUCUCAUGCUAUUGUAGGGGCGAUAAUGCGAAAUAUAAAUCCAUACAGUCCGUGUGACGAGGCAUAUACGAUGAACUCCUGGAUAUUGGCUUAUGCAGAACCUAUAUUUCCAGUCGGACACGUCUCAACAUGGAACAGUUCGCCAGAGUUUGUCAACAUAUCGGUGGAACCACCGAAGACUGUUCCAAGAGUUAGGAGGCAGAAGACGGCUAGGAUUCCUUCCACGGGCGAGGUACGUCAAACACGUAAGUGCGAUCGCUAUGGUGCAUGGGGGCAUAAUCGCAAAACAUGUAGUGAACCCCUUACCACAUUGUGA